UCAGCUAUGGGAACUCUGGAUCUUCGGGAUCUGUCUAUAUUUUCCACCAAUGAAACCAUGAUACUAUUGGAUUCCAAUCUUGGUCAUAUUUAUAACUCCGAAGGACUCGUCUUUAUCUCAAUCUCUGUCGAUUGAGGCACCGGAAAACUAAACCCUAAUGGCUGAGCCGCCAGAACGCAGGCCUUCAUUCUUCAAGGUUUUGAACGAGGAUUUUUCCACUCUUCUAAGGUUGCCGCUGCUUUUCACGGCUAAUUAUGGGAAACAUCUGCCGGAAUAUCCAGUAGUUCUGGAGAUAGAAUCUGGAGAGUCAUGGCCGGUAAAGAUAGAAGAGGAUGAAGAACACCAGUGCUUCACUCACGGCUGGCCGGAAUUCGCAAAGGACCUUCGUUUAGAACUGCACGAUUUUCUGGUGUUUUGGUUUAAAUGCCCUUCAAAGUUCUUGGUUGAAGUUUAUGGAAAAACUGGCCCUGCAAAGACCUUCAAUCCGCCCAUCAAAGGUAAGGUUUCCCCAAAGAUUGAACGGAACGACGUUUCUGCAGAUGCUGCGGCGGCGGCGGCAUCAGACGACGACGGUGCCAUGGAGACAAAGAAGAAGAAGAGCCGGCCGUGCUUUUCUGUCGACAUGAAAUAUUCCAACAAAUCUAGACUGCGUAUUCCGACGGGGUUCAUGAGAGAGACGGGGAGGAUGGGAAGCAUGUGCGUGGUGCUGAGGGAUCCGGUGGGGAUGGAAUGGCCGGUUCUGAUAUCCCGGCACGGCAAGAGCCACAAGGAUAGGAGUGAUAUGACGAAGGGGUGGAAGGAAUUCAAGGCUGCAAAUGACUUAGUUGAUGGCGACGUUUGCACAUUCACCCACACUGAAACCCCUGGGGGUUGGGUGCUCCAAGUUCAGGUCCAAAGACUAGAUACAACCCGCACACUUCCUAAGCCCUGUGGUAGACCAAAAAGAGAUCAAUAAUGUCAUCCACCCAUAUAAUAUUACUUCCUCUUCCUCUCUUUUUUCA